CAGCAAGGUGUAUACAUGUACAUGUGAAGUUGUUUUCGUGUGAGCGUGCGAUAGCAGUAAACAUGAGUUAAUGCAUGAUUAUUGUGUAUGUAUCCACAAGAGUCAGGACAUAAAGUGUAAGUGAGCAAUGGUUGGAGGAAGUAAUUUUCUAAGUUUUAAAAUUUGCGCGGUGCUUUGCUUUACUCUUUGUGCCGCCGAUACCAAAACAAACCGGAGGACUACUUCCACCAGUGAUGAUUGGAAAGAAAGAAUGACCAUACCAAGAAAAUAUGUCGGCCCCGAUCAUGAACCUGAAAGCAACAUUUUGUUAGAGAGUGACCCGAACAGUCCCGAGGGAGCACAUACAAACAAACGUUUACACGAACCAGAUAUUGUUCAAAACUUCACACUGGAGCUGUCAAAUUCCUCUCCUGCUGUGCUUGACUCAUCUGUUAUAUUCUGGGCAAAACUCAGGGACUUCACAGGUCAUCUCGGUGAUACCAGCAAAUUUAAAUAUCAGUGGUAUGACAGUGAGAAACCUGACAAGAAGGUGACAAUUGAUGACUUUACCUCGUCUAUAACCCGUGUGUAUCGUGAGGACGAACACAGGGCAGGAACCUACUUCAUGAGGGUGACAGUGUUGAAGGAUAAUAAUGCUGUGGCCGUCAAAGCCAUGUACUACAACCUUACAGGUCGGCUAAAUGGAAACAUGACAGUGCUGCAGAACCUGAGCUACCAGAGGGAGCCCAACAUCUUGUCCACAGACCAUCCAAUCACACUAAGAGCGCAGGUCUGGGAUAAAUUCCGCUCCCCACCUCCACGGAUCACAUAUCACUGGUUUAUGAACAGCCAGCCAAUAGGCACCUCCGACAAUCCAGGACUAAAUGUGUCACUGUCCCAGCCAGGACCAAAACAUGUGACAGUUUUUGUCACAGCCAAGAUACUCUCAGACGUGUUUAUGCUGCCAAGAUUUACAAACAAGUCUGGUAACUUCUCUCAGCGUGUCAUACUUAAAGAUCCGCUGAACAACAUCCAUAUACAGGGAGGAGAGGCAGUGCCUAUAAAUGAUCUGUUUUACUUGAAUGUCACCUGUAAGGGCAGUGGUCCAACCUCCAUAUGCUGGAAGGUGACACCCAUUAAAGGAGGUGCAGCUAACAUCACCUGUAGUCCCUCCCUGUUCCUACUGUAUUGUCAACACCUAGUCAAGUUAAGCAUCCCUUCCCCGGGAAAGUACAAGUUCACUGCCCUGCUGAUUAAUGAUGUCAGUCAGCUGGAGAAGCAUUGGUACCUUUAUGUCUAUGAUCCUGGGUCUGUCAAUGUGCCAGCUAUCACAGUGCCAGUGGUGUUCGCUUUCCUAGCCGUCGUCAUUAUAGUGAUUGGAGGAGCCUAUAUUAUGAAGCUGCGUAAAAAGCCUUACGUGGAGGUGGCAGAUUUUGACUUUCACCCCUCUCUUACCAGGGAAACAGAAGGUUCCAGACUUUCUGUUAAGAUUCGCAAAACUGUACAAACUUUAAUUUUGAGCCCCAGUGUGAAAUCCACACCCAGACCAGUGAAAUCUACACCCAGACCAGCGAAAUCCACUUUCAAAGACUAUGGCUCUGUUGAAGAAGAAAACAACAGAUUAUAGUGACCUUAUGUGUCACCUGAAAAUUUGAUAAAACGUGUGAAUGAAAUGUAAGAAUAUUUUUGUUAUGCUACAAACUUGGAUUGCAGAAGAGAUAGUCUAGGUUGAGAGGAUUAUAAACUAUAUUAUUUACACAGAAUUUGUGUUUUUUCAUUAGUUUUGUGUCAACAGUUUUGUGUACAUAAAAAAAGUUUUAUACAGGUAGUUAAACUAGUUUAAAAACUGUUUUGGAUUUACUCUAUAUUUUGUUCCUGUUUGUAUAAAAUAAUCGCUUGCUUCAAAUAAGUAUUUGCAUAGGAAAACUCUUAUAACUGUGAUAUUUUAAACAUAAAUAUGUUCAUAUUUUUUGUUUUAUGAAAAUUGAGCUCAAGUCAAAACAUUUGUUUGAUUUAUGUGUCAAUAACUAUGUCAUGCAACAUUGUGAGGCCUUAGCAGUAAUUUGUACAUGUAAUUAUACUGGAAGUUGUUGUACAUAUUCAGUAUUAUGCAAUUCAGGACAUCGUCUUCCAUAAUUCUUGCCAAAAUGCAGAUAAUUAUAGAAUGUGAAUGUCCAAAAUAAUUCUGUAAAUUAUAGAAUGUUCGAAAUGUGGCUUGUUUUCCAUUGUUAAUGCAAUUGUUGUACCAACACCAUAUAUCAAACAUUCAUGGCUUCUUACAGUUGUGGGUAAACGAUUAAGUUCAAAUAGUGAAUAAGAGGUUUGAAAACGAAGUUGCAGGUACAUGUAGACACAGGCGUGUUUGACGUUUAACAUUACAUUUGAUGGGUUUGUUUCUGUGAUCUGAUACCAGGUGGAGUUCUUAUAAUUUUGUGAAAGAAUCAGCCGUGUGCUGUUAUGUAUUGCCUUUUAAACUUUAUUUUAUAGUUGAUUUAUUUUUUACAUACACUGUAUUGGCUUAAUUUAAAUGUGCUAUUUUGAAUUACUUAUAACUAAGCGAGUUGUUUGUGAUGCAGUAAAAUAGUAUAAACCAUACAUAUAUGUAAGGCAGCUUGACUCAUACUACACCUGAUGUAGAACUGGUUUUUGUAGAAUAGGUUAUGAUGGUCGUCUCUGAAUUGGACACACAAGGUGUUGGUUCAGUCCUGGCCUUGGACAGUGAAUUUGUAGAUCCCUCCCCUGCCUACUCUCAAUAAGUGAUUGUUGGCAAUGGUGUGGUCGUUUGUGCAGCUGGACAUUGAUUGAAGACCACUUAUCUUGCACACAUAUGGUGUGCAUAUGUUGGUACAUCACAUGUGGGGAAAGUUUGUCAGUGACUUGAAUGGGCUUUGCAGACAGUAUUCCAGUUUCCUCUGAUCACUACUAAAUGAGUGAAAAAACUGUUGCAUAUGGCAUGAAGUA